CAUUUUGAUAUGGUCUUAUGUAGAACCGAAAACCAAAUGAAUAAUAAUGUCUAAAAGUCACAAACAAUAUGUUUGUCCGCACGAAAAUUGUAACAGUGUAUUUAAGCGUCGUACGCGGUAUGAAAGUCAUUUGAGAGUGCACUCUGGCGAACGACCAUUUAUUUGCCCAUUUGAUGAAUGUGACAAGAGUUAUACAAGGGCUUUUCAUUUAAAUCGACAUAUGAAAAUUCAUGAGAGUAGUUUCAGGUGCUCUGUAGAUGGCUGUUUUGAAAUUUUAAAAUCAAAAGCCACAUUGAAAAAACAUAUAGAUCUUAUUCAUAAAAAGAAAAGGCACAAAAUUUUUAAGUGUUCUUACUGUGAUAAAGAAUUUAAUAAACAUAAUUGGCUUCAGAAGCAUGAAUAUAUCCAUACUGGGAUGCCGCCAUUUCUAUGUCCUGCAGAUAAUUGUGAAAGAAGAUUUCUUGUGCCAAGUAAACUUAAGAAACAUAUGAAAAUACAUGAAGGUUAUACGUGUACAAAGCCAGACUGUGAUAAAACAUUUUUAAAAUGGAGUCAAUUAGUAAAGCACAAUGUAAUCAGUCAUCCUAAAGUUCAUAAAUGUGCAUCAUGCAAUAAAGAAUUCUCUAGGUCAUCAAAUUUAAAGGAACAUGAAUUAGUGCAUAAUGAAGAAAGAGAAGUUUUUGAUUGCCCUGUGCCAAAUUGCAGCAGAUUUUACUUCCACAAACGUAAUUUGAAGAAUCAUAUAAAAUCUUACCAUGAAGCAAGACCUUUCGUAUGCCAAGAAGAACAUUGCCAUAAAGCUUUCAAAACAGAGGCUGAUCUUUCAAAACAUGCUUUACGACAUGAUCCUAAUAGGCCAUCGAGAAAGAAGAAGAAAAAGAAGACCAAACCCAAACGAAGUUUUGCUUACAUAUUGGCUGGUUAUGAAAGUAACGAGAGUGAAAACACGGAGACAGUCAUCUGCAAUGAUGCAAACUUAGAAAAAAGAAAUGACGUGUCUUCAGAAUCAGAUCAGUUGGAUUCUCUUAAUAUGACUUUAGUAAUUUCUAAUUCACUUUCUGAGACUUGUACUGAUUAUCUACAAAGUGAUGUUGCAGCUUAUGAAAGUAACGAGAGUGAAAACAUGGAGACAGUCAUUAGCAAUGAUGCAAACUUAGAAAAAAGAAAUGACGUGUCUUCAGGAUCAGAUCAGUUGGAUUCUUCUUAAUAUAUUUUAGUAACUUCUAAUUCACUUUCUGAGACUUGUACUGAUUAUCUACAAAGUGAUGUUGCAGCUUAUGAAAGUAACGGGAGUGAAAACAUGGAGACAGUCAUCUGCAAUGAUGCACACUUAGAAAAAAGAAAUGAUCUGUCUUCAGGAUCAGAUCAAGUGGAUUCUCUUAAUAAGAUUUUAGUAACUUCUAAUUCACUUUCUGAGACUUGUACCGAUUAUCUACAAAGUGAUGUUGCAGCUUAUGAAAGUAACGAGAGUGAAAACAUGGAUACAGUCAUCUGCAAUGAUGCAAACUUAGAAAAAAGAAAUGAUGUGUCUUCAGGAUCAGAUCAGUUGGAUUCUCCUAAUAUGAUUUUAGUAACUUCUAAUUCACUUUCUGAGACUUGUACUGAUUAUCUACAAAGUGAUGUUGCAGCUUAUACUACUAUAUCCAAAAAUGUUCGAAAUUGCAGGUACAUGCCAAUUGUAUGUACAAAUUAAUUUGCAAUUCUUUACUAGUAUGCUGAUAUUCAGAGUGAUAUCAGCAAAUGAUUUUAUACGAAUAUACGAGCUGUGGCUGUAACAAACAUGCUGCUUAUAUUACUUCCAUAAUUAUGACAUAUCAAGAUUCAAUCUCUUCAUUUCUGUGAUGAGAUUUUAGAAGAUAUAGAAGGCACUUAAUAUCAAUCAUAUGAUCUAGAAAAUGAGCAAAAUCUCAGAUUCCCUUCUGGGAAACUGUUAUUUAAAGAUAUCUUAAAAGGUAAAAUUCUUAAGAGUUUGGAGAUUGAGGAGAGGCUACUUGAAAUGGACACAUUUGCACUUUCCUUUUGACAUGCAUUUUAGGUAUUCAAUCUGGAUAUUAAGCAUGCCUUAUAUGAAAAUUUAUUUAUUUAUUUUUUUUUACAGAAAAAGACUAUCUGAAUUCAAGAUAUUAGGCAUGAGAGUCCCUUGUAUGGGUAGUACACAUGCAAUGUCUAUCUGUGUUUAGAUAUCCGUGAUCACGAAAGGUUUAAUAUGACACACAGUCGAACCUGGCUUAUUACGAACCUCCAGAUAUAAUGAACAAACCUUUUCAUCCCAUCCAUUUUCAUAUGCACUUCAUAUUAUUUUAUCCUGCUAUAGCAAACAUCUAAGAGGAUGAAAAUCAGAUUUAAUGAACUGUAUAGUUAUCAAUUGAAAUUCUGUUUUUUAUAUUUUUCAUGUUUUUUUCAGAAUUUUUGCAAAUUUUAAUGAAAAAAAUUACCAAUCAUCCAUGUUUAAAAAAAUGUCAUCCUUAUUCCUAUUUUUCUUUUAUCUUUACCCCCCCCCCACUAUUUUCUGUGUUCUAAACAAAAGCUAUGAGAAACAGGUGUGACUCCCAGCUAUAGGAGAAUAAACAUAUUGCAAGACACAAUACGAGUACAUGAACAUUUAACUGUAAACAUGAAUGGGUUCUUUGAUUCCAUUCAAAUUCUUUCAUAGAGCUGCCAGACAGAAUUCUGUUCAAGGCUCCUGCUGUGAUGAAAAUUUCAUUGUAUGAAGAAAUAGUGAAUCUCAAGAUUUUGCGGCUUUGCACUUGAUUCUUCUUUUAGGGAAUGAAAAUUUUGAUUUUUAUCAGUUUGUUUUACUUGAGUAUAAAUGCUGUCCAUUGCAUUCUUUAGUUCUUUUGAAGGAUAUAAGAUAUUCUUUAUAAAAUUUUCGAAAUCUUUGUGUUGCAACCAUAUAUAUCUUAGGCAAAAUGAUUGUGUUAGCAAAUGGACAUUAGAUAAGGCAUGUAGGUGAUGAAAUUAGUUUCCUCUUUCAUGUUUUUGAGAAGAGCAAAACUCUCACAUAUUCUUUGGCCAACUGUCCUGGACUCCAUUUCUGUGUCAAAAAUUCAUAUGCAUAGUGAGCAGUAAACAUAAAGUUUCUGUAUCAAAGAUAAGCUGAACAUUAUUCAAAAAGUACAACAUGACUGAAAACAUAUUAAUAUCUGCCUAAAUACAGUUUACCUUAAUCUAUAGAUAAUACUAUACAAAAAACUAUCAUGGAAAAAAUUUGCAUGCAAGGAAAAUGUUGAGAAAAUUAGAUUAUAGGGAUGUUGAAGAGCAUUGCUGAAAUGGUUCACCAUUCAAAAAGUUGUAAUCGGCCAAUAUCUAGGCAAAUGCUUGAGACUAAGACCAAUGAAUUUGCCAGGCACUUUGGAAAGACUGCAAAUGAACAAACUACAAAUUAAAUAUUACAUAUAUUGUAAUUGUAAUUAAAUUUUUAAUGAUUUUUCUUUUAAAUUUGACUUAUUUUUGGCUUCUUCAGGUAGGUGUGACAAUGUUAAUCAGUUUUUUCUUUAUUUUUACACGUUUUAUGAGAUAAUCCAUUUUUCUUAUAGGAACAAACAUAGCGAACCAAACUUACAGUCCUUUGAAGUUUGUAAUAGUGGGGUUCGACUGUGCCUCAUAUGCUGCCUAGCACUUGCAUUUUGCUGUUAAUCAUCUAGUGUACUCUUAAAAAACUCAUAUAUCUGAUCAAGAUCAUCCUUCAUUUUGUGUUGGAAUGAUUUGUUUUGCAUGCCAUUUGAGGAUGUGUGAAAUGUUAAGUUACUGUAUUAAGUGAUAAAUGUUAUCAGGAAUAGAUGCUGAGGACUCCUGAGUAGUAAAUACUGCUAUUCAUGUCCUCUUCAUCAACUGUGGUUUUGCAGUAUCCACAAACUAAAUUGUAGCCAUUUGUAGGCAGUUCCUGAUUUUGCCUGCAAAAUGGACUGAGUGUGUUUCUGAGAUACUGGCUUCACUAAACAUUAAAAGGUACCUCAGUGUAAAUAGCUUUAUGACAAGGCAAUAACAAUGGAGAAUGUUAUUACUUUGUCCUGUAUAGUAAACUUUGGAAAGGUGUAAUGAAUAAGCAGCUAAAAUUGUGUCGCUUAUUAAUUUCUUUUUACUCUGUGUGCUGAAUUCCAAAUUGUCAUUCUGUCAUAGCAUAGCUGCCAACUCUCUCAGUUUUUGUUACAUUUCCCAGUCUCAUGGAAAUCACCAAAUUUCCCAAUUUUUAAUUCUUAGUCUACUAAUGGAAAUGAUUUUCAGCAAUACAAGAAAUUUAUUGAAUUAAUAAAAUUUAAAUUGUUCAGAUUUCAUCCCUCACCCCUAGUAAUUUUCAACAUUCUUUUUCUUAUUAAAUUUUAUUUUAUUUGAAUUGCGUUAAACUAUCGUAUUGAAGAACUUCAAAUGAAGAUUCAAUCUAAUAUUAAACCAAUCAGUAAUUUAUUUCGCUUUGUGUUACAUCAAUAUAUGGUACAUAACUAAGUUUAUCCACACAAAAUUGUGUGCAUUAAUUAUUAAUUUUAUUUGCAUUGUGUUUAAAAUUGCCUUGAUAAAUUAAAGCAUUCACUCUUUCUAGUCAGUUUUAGGUACAAGAACCUUCCAGUUUUUCAUAUUUUAAAGUUGGCAGCUAUGUCAUAGAUUAGAAUUCUCUGCACAAAGUUUUAAAAAAAAUUCUGUUACUCUAAAUAUUUAUUUUAAGUAGGUAAUGGAGCAUAAAUCAGUUUUAUUGAGAUUUCCCCAAGAAAUAUGUUGUAUGACAAUGUAAUAUUACAUUGCUGAAAGUCUGUGCAUUAUUUUCAUUACUGUGAGAUUGGUUUACUUUUGUAUUGUUUAUUCUAUAGGUUAUUUUUGAUGAUUGCGAAAAAUUUCUUAUUCACAAAUGGAAGCUAAUUUUUUCCAUUUUAGUAUUUUUGAUGAAUGUUACGCAAUUCAUGUGUGAAGAUAUAAAUUUUAAUAAACUGAGAUUUUUUUCAAA